AUGCGCAUCUCUGAGGUCUUCCCAUGGUACUAUCAAUAUCUUUUCAUGGUCUUUGAGCCAAGUGUUAUUAUUGUGUCUCUAUCUCUGAUCCCAGCAUCACCAUCUAACCACUUCCACUCCUUGGCUCCGAACGACAGCAAUGGACCUUUCUGGUCAAACUCGGCUUUGCAUAAGUCAUGCGAUGCGGAGACUGCCUGGAACACUCCGCAACUCCGCGGUCUCUGGUAUUCAUACAUUGGGGCUCUUGCCUUCAGUGCUGUGAUUGAGCCGCUAUUAUUAUAUGUGGCUCGCUACAAAUUGCGAGACGUCUCUGAUGCGGAAGAAGUUAUAAAAGCAGUCCUGUUCGCUUUCUUUGCAUUUGAUGUCUUUCACGCUGGUGCGACAUUGGCCGUCACCGGAAUAGGCGCAGCACUCCCUGGAUCUCAAAUGCACUUAUACGCUAUGGUCAAUGUUUGGGUCCCUACUGCUUGGAUGAUUUUGCGGACAUUGUGGAUAACUGGUGUCGCAAGAAAGUCCUUGGUCAACAGGAUGAAAAGUGAAUAA